CUGUAAUACAGAAGUUAAUGUUUUGUUUUGUCUGAGAUGGACCGAGUGGGUGGUACCGUGUGUAGCAGAAGUUGGCCUGGACACGUGGUUUGGGGAUGACCAAUCAGGCGCCCCUCCAGGUUUAACUAUGUUAAAUGUCAGAUUGCAAUAAACUAGAAGCUGUUGGUCGGGCCCGCGGAAAUGGGCGAGCAUAAUCUUCUUAAUCCAGGGUUUGUGGGACCUUUGGUAAACAUCCACACAGGAGACACAUUUUACUUUCCGAAUUUUAGAGCCUCAGGGGGACAACUGGCGGGGCUACCGUCGCUCUCCUACCCGAGAAGGGACAAUGUUUGCUCCCUUCCGUGGAAUCCUUCGGAGCCGUGCAAUGGAUACUCUCAAUCCUACUUUAGCAGCCCCGUGUCUAUUAACCCUUCUUUCAAUCGGUCGUGUGAAAUUAGCAGACCAGAGGAGGGGAAAUGUUAUUAUAGCAACGGAAACAGGGAGACCUGUUCAGGUGGCAGCAGCAGCCUCAAACGAGAGGACAGGGCGAGAGACACAUCAUCAUUAACAUCUGACCACGGGAUGCACGGUGGAAUAGGCAGCACAGCCGCCUUCUCCAAAUAUGAUUAUGGGACCGAACAGCUAACGCAAGACCCGCCAUCCUGUCAGUCAAUGGAGUCCGACUCCAGCUCCUCUCUGCUCAACGAGGGCAGCAAGCCUCCAUCCAGCGACACACAGACCCUGGUGUCACCGGGAAGCCAUUCAAGCAACAUAGCCAUAGGCGGAGGUGCCCCGUGGUACCCGAUGCACACUCGGACCAGAAAGAAGCGUAAACCGUAUUCCAAACUUCAGCUGGCUGAGCUGGAAGGUGAAUUCAUGCUGAAUGAGUUCAUCACCAGGCAGCGGCGGAGGGAGCUCUCCGACCGUCUCAACCUCAGCGACCAACAAGUGAAGAUCUGGUUCCAGAACCGCAGGAUGAAGAAGAAGAGACUCAUGAUGAGGGAGCAAGCCUUGGCCUACUUUUAGAGAUGCGGCAGAAGGUGAAUCGAUAGGCAGUAAAAGCCAAUCCUUCUACGCCCCCUUAGGUCUUAUUUCAAUGCAUGCACUCAUCUGCCCAUCUUUUGCAUUGCAGGCUAUUAUUACAACAUUUUCUGAUAUUAUUUUUUUCCCCCUCAAUGGUGCGGGCUACACAAGCCCAACACAAAUAACUGUCAGUCAUUCAAAGCUAUGGUCUACAUGUCAGACUGCCUUCAUGUUUGUUUUUUAUCGCACAAAAAAAACGGUGAGGAUGCGUUUUUAUGUGUUAGGAUACAUAUUUUAGUUUUCCUGAUUUGAGAUAUGCCUUCGUGCCAAUAGCUCAGUUUGGGAUGACACUUAAUGACAUAAUCCAUUUUGUUCCAUUUUUUUAGUCAGGGACAAUGAGGAAAAAGCUGGGCCACUUGGUAAAGUAUUAAAAAAAAAUAGGCAGAAAGUCAGAAAGACAGAGAAGCAGAAAGACGCAAUAAUUCUCUUGCGUUAUGGACAGAUGAAUAAGAACCUCCCUCCCGGUUGCUUAAUACUUCCAGAGUCAUAAUUAGUCUGGUAAGAGGAGCAUCAUCUUUAUCUCCUUUCCAUAAUUUCGCCAAGCUUUGUGGGCACGUUCACGGUCACGGGCAGGAAGUCUGGCAGUCUGCAUGAGAAGAGGAGGACUAAAACCGCAAUGUAAUCCAUUUCGAUAUCUUUACGACUACGCAUUGAAAAAAAACUGGAUUGCCAUGACUUCAUCCAUGUGCUAACAAGUUUAUUAAGGUAUUUUUCCUACUUGUAUUACCAGUUAACUUGUCUUAACAACAACCACAGCAUACUGCAUGGGUUGCAUUUCUUUAGUUGAGUGAGAUCAGCGUUUGGAUACGCUUUUGAGCUGAUUCAGAUGAUGCCCCUGCAUUUAACUAUAAACUCGCCAGAAUCUGUAUUGAAAAAAUUCGCCAGUACAAGCACAUUUUAGGCCAACUUGGUUAAACAAGUGAACUGCCUAAAGUUGCAACAGGGGAGGGAAGAUAGGCUACGUUUUAGGCCGGGAAAAGCAUUUCUGAAACUUGAUGGCCAGAAUAAAAAUAAAUAUGUAGAAAUUUAGAGAAGUUAAUCAUAGGAUUGUAUGUGCGCUCCCAUAAUUUGGGGCGAAUAAAGAGCAUCAUCCGUCAUGUAAAACGAGUAAGCUAUAGCAGUGAAAUGUAUUUGCAGCAUGUUAUUGAUGUGAAAUAGCUAAGUCAUGUUCUGCGGGUCACUUCUUCUGUAGGUGACUUUUAUAAUACAGGUUUUUUUUCUGAAGAAAUCAAAAGUGAACACAACCUUGAACAUUUUGACACAAGCGUCUACAAAGAAUGUAUUAGUAUUGAUAUUAUUAUUAUUAUUAUUAUUAUUAUUAUUAUUAUUAUUAUUAUUAUUAUUAUUAUUAUACUAUUAGGAUGGAAAGACUGAGGGCUUAUUAGGCCUACUAAAUGUACUUGCUCUUUGCAACGUGCUCAGUGUUGUCCUUUUCCACACCUUGUACUCGUGUAUAACUUUGUAAAAUGAAAAAAACAUAUGCUACUUUUUGCAUCCUGUUUGAGGAUCCCGUAUCGCUAUGUAAUAGUGCGUUAUGUUAUUGAUCGUCUUGUACUAUAUCGCAUUCCAUAUAGCCUAUUUGUGGUUGUAAGGGUUGGAAAUGUAGGCCUAUUAUAUCAUACUGCCAAUGAUGGAUAUAAGAAAUGGUAUGCAAAACGUUUUACCGUACAUGACAUUUAAAUAAACCAUGUUUCAGUGUAAUAGUUGUUUGUUAUCUUUCUUUUAUUUCGUCCCUUAUUGCAUUCCCUUCUUUGCGCUUGUAAGGACGUUGUCUUGUAAAAGUAAUACUGAUAUGAAUGUA